CUAAAUGUGGAUUUGAAGAGUGAAUGUCUCAUUAUUUAAAUUUUUAUGAUCUCAAAAAGAUUAAUUUCAUAUAGUUGUUAUAUUUUCCAUUGCUUUUCAAGUAAUGCUUACUGAUCAACCAGACAAUCAAGUAGAGAAGGUCUUCUCCUAUGGCAGUGCCGUCUAUAAGGCCAGAUCUCUUUGAAAGACCCUAAUCUCCAGAAGGCUGUCCUUAAAAUAGGAGCAAACUGUGAAAGCCUUGGGUUUCUGUCUGUCUACACCCCAGAGUACUGAACAAAUAUGGAAAGGACAAACCUGAGCCAAGAAAUGGAGUUUGAACUCUUGGGCCUCACCAAUGACCCCCAGCUUCAAAGACUACUCUUUGUAGUAUUCCUGGCCAUGUACUCCAUCACUGUGCUAGGGAACCUAAUCAUGUUCUUUCUAAUCCAUGUGAGUGUCACUCUGCACACACCCAUGUACUCCCUCCUCAAGAGCCUUUCAUUCCUGGAUUUCUGCUAUUCUUCUACGGUGGUCCCCCAGACCCUGCUGAACUUCUUGGCUAAGAGAAAGGUGAUCUCUUAUCUUGGCUGCAUGGCUCAGAUGUUCUUUUAUGCGGGCUUCGCCACCAGCGAGUGCUAUCUCAUUGCUGCCAUGGCCUAUGACCGCUAUGUUGCUGUUUGUAAUCCUCUGCUCUACCCAACCGUCAUGUCUCCGAACGUCUGUGCCUCUCUGAUCGUGGGCUCCUAUAGUGCAGGGUUUCUCAAUUCUCUUAUCCACACAAGCUGUAUCUUCAGUCUGAACUUCUGUGGUGCUCACGUGGUCACUCAUUUUUUCUGUGAUGGACCACCCAUCCUGUCCCUGUCCUGUGUGGACACUUGGCUGUGUGAGGUCUUGCUCUUCAUCUUUGCGGGUUUCAACCUUCUGAGCUGCACGCUCACCAUCUUGAUCUCCUACUUCUUAAUCCUCAUCGCCAUCCUACAGAUGAACUCAGCCCAAGGCAGGUUCAAGGCAUUUUCCACCUGCACAUCCCACCUCACUGCUGUGUGCUUCUUUUUUGGCACGACACUUUUUAUGUACCUGCGCCCUAAGUCCAGCUACUCCUUGACCCAGGACCGCGUGGUUGCUGUCAUCUACACAGUGGUGAUCCCGAUGUUGAAUCCCUUAAUCUACUCUUUGAGAAACAAGGAUGUGAAGGAAGCUUUAAGGAAGGUUUGGGGCUGGAAAUCAAUGGAAUGAUCUUAUUGACUCAUGUGUCCUUAGAAAACCAAGAGAGCUUUACUUGAUGUGGUGCCACCCCGAGCAUGUUCCCAAGCACACCCUGUGAAUCAUGGGCAUGAACUCUGGUCUGCAGGUGCUUCUGGAACUAUCCACCAGAGCUGUUGGCUUCCUAGAGACUAAGAAUCUAGAAAGAGCUUCUGCUCUUGCUUCAUUGGACUCACUG